UCAUUUCGUUUCCAGGCUUGGAACAAACAAUACAAUAACAUGCAUGCUGUGUCAGUUUGGUUUCUAAUUAUUUGCAUUCAAUGUGUAAUGGUCCGUAGCCGUUAUGUUGAAGAUGAUGAGCUGGUUGGUGGCACUGACCACGUGUUCAAAAACCUAGAUGCACCAAAUUUUUUUGAUGAUGUGAUGACGAACACGAGACUAAUCGAAACAGUGGAAGAAACAGGAGAUGAGUUUUUUCUAAAAGCUUGGCCGAAAACAUUCAAUAUGGCACCAUCUGAGUCAGACUACGAGAACCAAUCGCACAAUAGUGAAGAAGGAGGCUUUUGAUAAAAACAGCUUAUUUAUUCGACUAUAAUUGGCCCUAGCUGUAUAUAUGUUUUUUGUUCGUUUUCUUUUGGUUCUCGUUUAUAACUUUUCAGUCACUAUUUCAUUUAUUUAUUUUUUUUUUUUGAUUUUCCAUGUAUUUUGUUAUCAUUUUCUAAUACAUGUAACUGAAAAGCAUUUCAAUGAACCUUAAUGAGAAAA